AUGCUUCGUGCUCAACUUUUGCUAACUCUGAAAAAAAUUGAGACAGAAUGUUUUCUGUAUAAUAAUAAACUUCAAAUUCUUGGUGUUGUAAAAUUGCUUGUAAUAGGCGAAGAAAGCAGCAUUGAUAAUCUUUAUUCAUAUUAUGAAUUCACGAUUAAGAAAGGAGUGCCAGUGGGAUCUACCGUCGGAAGAAUUGGGAAUAGAAAAAUACUCAAAUUUGAGCUUCUGGUAGAAAAUGACAAUUUUGAAAUUGACACAGAAAAUGGAGUGAUUCGGACAAAAAAUGAAGUGCAAAUUCCGGAAACUUACCUGGAUAUCAAGGUCACAAAUCGAGAUUACAACGAGAUAAGCAAAAUAGUCACCGUACUCAUUAUCGUUGCUCAAGCACACAGCAAUGCACUAGUAUGUUUGCAAAAUCGGAUUGAUUUGAUGGUGCCUGAAAAUUCACCAUCCGGAACAUUUGUUGGUAUUUUAACGGCAGGUGAUAAUAAUCUUACUCGGUAUAUACUUCUGGGACAUCCGGAUGCUAUAGUGAUGGACAGUAAUACUGGAAUCAUAAGUACCACUGCGCCGUUUGAUUUUGAAAAAGAAAAUCUUUAUCAAUUCAAGGCGAUCACCUAUGAAAUACAGGGUGCAUCACUAGAAUGUCACAUUUUUCUACAUAUUAUCGACAAAAAUGACAACGCUCCUAAAUUUGGUUCUAGUAGUUAUGAGGUCAAAGUUUAUGAGGAUGCUCCGGUUGGUCUAGUGAUCUUUCAACUUGACGUUGACGAUUUGGAUACUGUAAAUGAGUUCGUUUACGAAAUUUCUGCAGUCGGUAAUGAGCGAAGUUGGUUCGGAAUUAAGCCUGAUGGGCGGAUUUUUCUCACAGCACCUCUUGACCGGGAAUACAUGGUCACUCAUCAAUUGCACAUCAAUGUUUAUGAUCAAAGACCUCCAGAAAGAACAUUCAAGGCAACGACUACAGUAAAAAUAAUAGUUCUGGAUAUAAACGACAAUGCACCGCAGUUUGUUUCACCGCUUGCGUAUUUCAUUUUCAACGGAACAGUGCCAGGCACCAUCAUCGGCUUAAUUCAUGCUGUGGAUCCUGACUUGGGUCAUAAUGGGCAAUUGCAAUACCGCAUUUUACCGUGGUCAAAUCCGGAAGGCCUAUUUAUAAUAAAUCCAGUCCUUGGAUAUCUACUGGUACGUGAUCAGAUUGAUGCCGAAGAGCGAAAAGAUUAUCAUUUAUUAGUUGAAGCAAAGGAUUAUGGUAUUCCAAAGAGGUUGUCAACGAUUGUCUCAAUAGCUGUGACAGUACUGGCUAACAACAAGGGAUCACCGAGACUAAAAAGCUCUUACCACAUAAAAAUUCCGGAGAAUAUUCCAGUUGGCCACACUGUGUCUCAGAUUACUAUAUGUUUCGACAUUGUAACAAAUGUUCUGUUUGAAAUCGAAUCCGGAAAUGAAGAUGGCCAUUUCCGAAUAUCUUCCACUAAUGGAACAAUCACUUCAAAUGAACGCUUAAAUGCCACCAAAAAAUCAAGUUAUAACUUAGUGAUUUCGAUGCGAUCAAAUGAUAAUCAUAAUACAUCGCUGAACUUUUAUACAAGAAGAAAACUAAAAGUGAAUCGACUAAAAGCUCUCAGUGAAUGCGGAACUGUCUGUCGAUUAAUGAGAGUAUUAAGUUCUGCAGCUUCUUUUGUGGAUCAGGAAAAGGAUUGUAUCUCAAUUAGUUCGUUAAGCUGA